UUGUUCAGUUGUAGUUUUGUCAACAGAAUGAGUUGGCAACCGAAACUGAAAGUUUUGGAAAUAACGAAUAUUCUAUUAAGAUGCAAACAAAAUAGAAGUGAAGAAAUGCAAAUGGAAUGCACUUUCUUAGGAUUAAGGAGUGUGCAUGUGUAGUUGAUUCAAGUUCAAAAACCAGCCUCAGUCUGCCUCAGUCGGUAUUGAAAUGAAGGCGUUAUUGUUGUCGCCUCUAAUGCAACUCAGUGGGAACUUAGCUACAAUUUCAAGGAUAAAGAAAGGAUUAGAGAAGAGUGGCCUACAAUGUUACCUGAAGUGUCCACUAGAACUCUCGGACAGCAAAGCACUGGAACGUGUUCUUGAUGAGUUAGACAUUGAUGUUGUUAUUGCUGUACAUGUGUACAAGUCGGGAAAGCUUCUUGUUGAUUCUACCAAACCAUACCUCCUAAUCCUUGGUGGAACUGAUGUUAAUGAACUUACUGGUGACAAAGAGAAAAUGGACAUAAUGACAAAGGCAGUCAAUAAUUCAAGGCAUAUUGUUGCAUUUAGUGAAUCAUUGGUUAAGAAAUUCAAGUCCUGCUGGCCAGACUACAAUGGUUCAGACAUUUCAAUUAUUCCACAAGGAGUGGAAGUUUGCCCUAGCAGUUUCUCCAUCCAAAGUUACAUCCAGAGCCAUGUUAGUGUUUCAAGGGAGGUAACCACUGACCAGGUUGGUGAACAAAAUGGUCUAUAUGGUUUUGAGACAGACACAUUGCUGAGACAAUUGACAGAGUCAGAAUCCAGAAUCUUUACAGUUGUUGGUGGAAUAAGACCUGUGAAGAAUCCAUUAUAUCUAAUCAAGAAGUUUUCAGAAUGGAGACAUACCAAGGACAGAGGGGACUGUUGGCUGUUGUUUGUUGGAGCACAUCAAAAUGAUUCGUUUUUCAAAAGCUUUGAAGAGGAGGUGCUGAGGUGUCCUGGAGUAGUAUAUAUCCCAGGCUUGUCUACAGAGGAUACCCAUGCUGUGAUACGAGACAGUUUCGCUCUGGUUAACUGUUCAGAUAGUGAGGGAAUGGCACUUGCAAUCUUAGAGGCUAUGGCUUUGAGGACCCCAGUUAUAGUGCGGAAUAUACCAGGUAACACAGCAAUUGUCAAUGAUGGAAAGACUGGUUUCAUAUAUGAUACACCACAGCUCACUUGUGAUGAAAGCUUCAAGCUUAUUGUAACCACUCUGAAGUCCGCUUCCUGGAAAAGCCAGUACUGGUGUCAUAUGAGAAGUCAUGGUCGUGACCCCAGUGGGGCUCGAACCCAUGACUCCUGGGUUGAGCGGCCGGCACAUUAUCCACUAGACCACUGCUCCCCUCUUCAAGCUCAUUUAUAAAAUAAUAUAUAAUGAUUAU